AUUGCACCGGACAAAAGUGCGGGAGAUAUCACGCAGACUUUUUCAGCUACUCAUGGGUCGUGGGUGGUGGCGAAGCAGAAGUAACUGGGGAUGGAAAAAGAGAAAUUCAUCAUGGGGGAGCAGGCGAAAUCGUUAACAUGAUUGGUACGAUGAUCAGCAGGAUACUGAACUGUUAAGAUGUGAAGCAGAGCGACUUCUUGGGCUAGGAACCAGUUCAGGCUCCCAGUCAAGUCAGCUAAUCCAUGAUGAUGAUGUAGACCUUGUGAAGGAAGUUGAUGAGAUGGGACACAGUGAACUUGAUGACGAGAUCUGCUUUGGCUCACUGCGUGGAGAUAUUGUUGGUCUGCAGUACUACGCUGGAACUGUUAACAAAAAUGAAAUGGUUGCCUUGCAACGAGAGCCCACCAACCGUUACGAUGUGAACGCCAUUCGUGUGCUCAAUGUUGACCGUAUUCAAGUGGGGCACAUCAAGCGAGAGCUGGCCAGACCCCUGGCCUACAUCAUGGAUGGGAGCUUUUCUAGGCUGGAGGGUGUAGUCCCAAGUGGUAACAAGAACAUGUACAAAAUGCCUGUGGAUCUUUCAUUGUGGGGUAAACCAGAACACCAGGCUACUGUUGUUAACAGACUCAAGUCAUGUGGCUACUACCUGACGGGAGGGUCACAUGUGUCACCAUCUGGGGCCGCUUCCUCCUCACAGGAGGCAGCUUUAGGGACCUUUGCCACUAUACAGCCUCGGAGGACGUACCUCACUCCAGCUGAGGUGAAGAAUGAGCUGGAUCGUGUGUUCGAGACGAUGAAGAAAGGUGACAAGACCACAAUGGCUGAGCCUGCUCAGGCUGUGUGCACACAGCUGUACCCUCACCAGAAGCAAGCUCUAAACUGGAUGAUGGUUCGGGAAAACAAUGAGGUCCUGCCACCAUUUUGGGAAGAGCGCAGCGGCCGUUACUUCAACACUGUCCUCAACUUCACCACAAACAACCGGCCAAAAAGUGUCUGUGGAGGAUUGCUUGCUGAUGACAUGGGGCUCGGAAAAACACUGGAAGUGAUCGCGCUGAUAGUGACUAACUUUGUGGAUGGCCAGCCACUGGCUAAACCCAUCCAGGGAGUUCGUAGACAGUCAAAGGCAGAAAGGCUUGCCCUCGACAAGGCAAAGGAUCUUCCUGUAGAUGAUUUGAGACAAGUUGAAACAAAGCAGUCUUUGCAAAUGACCCGUAGAAAAUCCUUGUCCUGUCAUGCAGCCAAGUCACUUGCAUGGGAGCCAGCACUGCCGGAACUGCCUGAUGAUCAGGAGUGUGGUCUGUCAGAGGAUGAUGAUGAUGAUGAUGAUGAUGAUGAUGUUAUUGAUGAUGAUCUUCCUGCAAUUGAUGAGAAGACCAUGCUUUGCAAGGAGGACCCAAACUUCAGCCCGCUAGUGAAAUCCAAAGGGAAACGUCUGAGCAAGAGAGUUGAGGUUGAAGAACCAACAGCUUGCCGACCGAGGAGGGGCGCCAAGCGGCCAGUGCGGUAUACAUACAGCAGUGAUGAAGAAAUGAUGGAACACAUCAACAAUGACGAAACUCCCAAGAAGAAGCCAAAACUCGCUGAGAAAGCUAGUGGAACAAGGCAGCCUUACAAAGGCAAAGCCCCAGUUUCUGGGAGUUCGAAGGCAAAGGGGAAAAAGAGGAAGACAGUGACUGAACCCCAAAUAGACCAACAAGAUUGUACAAAUAAAAGCAAGGAUUCCUAUGAUAAUGUGGUGAAACAGAGCCUUGAGCAAGAUGCUACAAAUAAUGAGGAAGGUCAGUCACAUAAGAAACUUCAUGCCAGAGAGUUGAAUGGUAAAACUGCAACUGACUGUACUAAAUGUGCUUUAACUGGGAAUGGUUGUGAUAAAACUGUAGAGAAGGAUUUAGAAGAAACAAGCUCUAAGGAUGAAAUUGCUGAGAUUUUGAAAAAAGAAAAUGAGCAGAAAUCUGACACAAAAAUAAAAACAGGCGAUGAGAGUGAGUGUUCAGAAUUGCCAGAUCUCGAAACAGUGGCCAAGCACAAGGAACAAUUUGAAGAGGAAAAUGAGUGCCCAGAAUUACCGGAUCUCUUGCCAUUGGCCAAUCGCAUUGAAAACCCUGACAGGGAGAGCAAGUACCUCGAGUUGCCUGAUCUUCUACCAGUUGCCAGUCUCAUUAAAACCCAUGAUCUGGCAGGUAAUAGUUUACUGGAGGAGACUGUUGUUCAUGCUAAUUACACCAAACCAAGUAUUCAGAAAGUAGGGGAGGUCACUGGUAGAACCCUAACUUUGGGACCUAGAUGUACGCUGAUUGUCUGCCCUUUGUCGGUUCUCAGCAACUGGCUUGACCAGUUGGAGAACCAUGUUGACCCCCGUGUCCACCUCAGCAUCUACCUGUACUACGGGAGCGGCCGCACCAGUGACGUCCAUCUGUUAGAGAACCAGGAUGUUGUCAUCACCACUUACUCCACCGUCGCUGCGGACUUUAGGCGUCACGAGGGUAAGAAAGUGGGUGCUCCCCUACGGAGGGUACGUUGGCUGCGUAUUGUACUGGAUGAGGGCCACAGCAUCAAGAAUCCCGCUGCCUUACAGACAAAGGCCAUCAUUGACCUUCAGGCAGAGAGGAGGUGGAUUCUAACUGGAACGCCAAUCCAGAAUUCUAUGAAGGAUCUGUGGUCCCUGAUCAACUUCCUGCAGGUGAAUCCCUUCACAGACCAGCAGUGGUGGCGUAGGACUAUUGAACGACCCCUAGAGAGGGGCGACUCCAGUGCACUUAAGCGAGUGCAGCACCUGAUGGGUCACCUGGCCAUGCGGCGUACAAAGACCCAGAUGUACAACGGAAAACCCCUGGUUAAGCUGCCGGGCCGUCAGGUGUGCAUUGAGCAUGUGACCCUGUCCCAUGAGGAGAGAAAUGUGUACAAUGCUAUGCAGAAAGACGGAAAACUUAUCGUCAGCAAGUACUUCAAGCAAGGAAGCCUGUUGCAUCACUAUGGUGACGUUCUUGCUAUCUUGUUAAGACUGAGACAGCUGUGCUGCCACCCAUUCCUCGUGUCCAGGGCUGCAGACGCCAUUAAAGACACACUCAGUGAGCUAGAGACCAAUGGUGGGGUGUUAAGCGAUGCCCUGCGUGAGAAGCUGAUUGGUACACUGGUGGAGGUUCUCCGCUCAGGAACGGAUGAAGAGUGCCCUGUCUGUCUGGACUCCCUCUCUGCCCCUGUCAUUACAUGCUGUGCCCACGUGUACUGUAGACCAUGUAUAGAGUCAGUCAUCAGGAAUGAGAAACCUGUAGCGCGGUGCCCAUUGUGUCGAGGAGACAUUUCCACAGACAAACUCUUGGAGGUGCCGCCGGAGGAGAUUCAGCCUGUGGAGGGAGAAAAGGCCAUGUCCAUACAGGCAGACACAUGGAAGUCUAGUGCUAAGGUUGAUGCUCUCAUGAACACCUUGCUAAAACUGCGUACAGAGGAGCCAGGAACCAGAAGUGUCGUUGUGUCCCAGUUCACCAGCCUCCUAACAGUCAUAGAGCACCCGCUCAGUGCUAAUGGGAUCAAAUUUGUGAGGCUAGACGGGACGAUGAACCAGAAAGUCAGGACAAGGGCGAUUGAGGAGUUCUCAGAGCCCGGGCCCAGAGCCCCGACAGUCAUGCUGCUGUCACUGAAGGCUGGAGGAGUGGGGAUCAACCUCACAGCAGCAUCUAGGCUCUUUCUUUUAGAUCCUGCAUGGAACCCUGCAUGUGAGGAGCAGUGUUUCGACCGCUGUCACCGCCUUGGACAGACUAAGGAUGUCAUCAUCACCAAGUACAUCGUAGAAGACUCUGUUGAAGAGAAGAUGCUUGACAUGCAAGAGAAAAAGCGCCGUCUUAUGCAGGGAGCCUUUGGGCAGAAACAGACUGCAGAGGAGCGACGCCAAAACAGGAUCACAGAUAUAAAAAAUCUCCUUGAUUUUUAGAAGAGAUUCAACCUAAAGCAUAGUCCACUGUGGCUGACACAGACUGCAAAGGGAGUUACGACAUGAUAACUGAUAAAAAAACUCUUCUUGAUUUCUAGUAGAAGCAAGUGAUCAGUGUUUUGUCAAGUACACAAAAGUGUUAGAUAUCUUGUAGAAGCAAGUGAUAAGUGCUCAGUGAAAUAUAGAAUAGUCCUAGAUUAGUAAAACAGUAACAAGAGAGGGUUAGAUCUCUUGUUAGUAAAACAUCAAAAUGAGACUGGAUAUCACGUACUGUAUGCACAGUCAAAAAAAAGAAAUUGUUCGCUUAAGGGUUCCAGAUAUCACCCGGAAAUGUAUUUGAAAUGUACCGGGUAUAACAUUAUGCAUGUUGUUUGCCUGAUACCUUUCAAAAACUGAAGCAAUAACAUUCAAUGGGCUAAUGGUUCCAAAUUUUGUGAAAGUAAACAAUGUCGUUAACUUCAUCAUAGUUAACUUUCAACUGGUUCUCUGGAAGUUUCAGUGAUCCACUUGUGACCGACAGUAUUUCUAAUAAGAUAAGAGACAAAUUUUUUCAGUGAAUAAUUCAUGUUUAAAAGUUAACAAUUAUCUUGAUUAUCAUGUUGUUAACUAACAUAGAAGUUCUGAACAAUCCGCCCAUUGUCUUCAUAUUACCAUUAAUGUGAAACUGAUACCAAUUGAUAGAUUUUGUAUAUAUUUUUACAGCUUAAACAAAAUUAUAGAAAAUGCAAAGAAUUUGAAGUUUUAUUUUAAUACCAUAAAAACUUGAUGAUGUUUUAAUUCUUUACAUGAUAAAGAAUAUAGUAUGAAAUUGAUUUAGUGCCAAAAUUGAACUAUGUUUUAAUUGAGUAACUGUUUUAUAAAAUGUGCUUGCUAUUACAAUAUCAAAUAUCUGGUGCUUUCUUAUAAAAUCCUAAGUUCUAGGGACUCAGUCCAUUGGUGAAAUUUAGCAGUUGAUUACACAUGUAGGAUAGUGCUACGUUCUAUGUAUUUAUCUAGGCAGUUUCAGCAAUAUUUAAUAUGUACACGCUUAUUUAAUAUGAGCAGCGUAACUAUUUGUACAUGUACAUUCAUGAAAUUUUAAAUGUCUUCCUAAUUAAUACAAAAUUAUUUCAAUUGUACAUUAUAGAAAAUAUAAAAAUGUACAAUCAAUAUGAAUCUCCCCAUAUGUGCUUAGAUAUAUAUGAUGGAAGGGCAGUAAGAUGAAAAGCAAUUAAUUUUGCAGUCAUGUUGGUAUGUUUUAUUGAUUGUUUUACGAAUCUUGCUUGAUCUGGUUUUGCUUAGUUGCUAAAUCUUUGAAAUCGUUUGUACUCCAUUCCAUUAUAAAUGUUUUUUUGAAAUGGAAACUUUCCAUUUGGAGAAUAUAUAUGUUUUGUAGAGGUACUUGUAUACAUGUAAUAUUGUUUAACAGAAUGAUUUAUUUUAUACUGUCAAAAGGUUCAUCAGUUUUAGUAUCUAGGCUAUAGUUUUUUUUUAACCCAGUUUAUUUGCACACUUGUUUUAUGUUACACAAACUGUUAAUUUUUUAUCAAUGUUGAGUAUGUUGUUUUACUUUAGUUCAAGGUAGACGAUGUUUGUAUAUACAUGUAUUUGCCAGAUUUCUCAUUUUAAUUUUUCGUUUAAUUUUUUGUAUUCAGAUAAUUUUUCAUACUAAAUGUCCAUUUUCACAGAUUGAAUUAUGCCUGGGUCUUCUGCGGAGCAUUUUGUAAGGGUACUUGUUACAUGUAGUGAUAGCUAUUUACCCAGUGUUUUCUGCUUCAGAUGUAGGAGUUUACAUACAUUUAAUUAUGGUGUACCGUUACAGUAUUUACAUCAAAUGUUGCUAUUCUCCAAUACAAUUUGUAUGACUAUUUGUUUGCAAGUCGCAGGUUAUUUUGUUAAAUGUCUUUCAACUGGUUGUUAAAAUAUUUGGC